CUACAGAACAGGGGGAUUCCCCGAGGGAAGUUCCCAACUCAAACUAGGCUAUGUAAAACAUACACUGCCAUAUCCUCUCCGGCGCUUCGUAACUUCGUAACGACUCUGCGGUGGUGUCAACACAAUAAAUUCGACUUUAACAGCUACAUGAAUGAAGGGCUCAUGUCUGCUGUGUCAGGGAUGAUUGUGGAGCACACGGCAUGGAAAGGAACAUCGGAGACCAGCUCAAUAAAGCUUUUGAAGCUUAUCGGCAGGUCUCCAUUGAGAAGGACACUGCUAAAAAGGAACUGCAACAAAUGAGUGAAUAUUACGAGCAAUACACUCAAAAACUUCAAAAACAGAUAGAGGACCAGCAGCAGUUGAUUUCAAAACUUGAAGCUAAAUUAUCAUCAACAAAGCCACCAUCAGGAGAGAUGAAAUGUGACCCUUGCAAUCAUGUCCUUGACGGGGCCAGCGCUUAUAAGAAAAUACAGUACCCGGACAAUAUGGGCACUGUUGCUCCUAAUAUGCCAGUACACAACAGCGUUGACUAUCAGGACAUGCUGGAUGCAUUUGACGCAAUUCAAUGGAAAUUCCGGCAGAUUCACUUUCUUACUAGAAAACAAAAAGAUCACCUAAAAAGAUUCCAUGGAGGAAAUGAUGUGUCAAACGAUCAGCGGUUCUCCAUGCCCAUCCAGUGCACAGACCGUACAGCAGAGGCAGAGAGAUCCCUUUCCUCAAAUUUAAGGUUAGCAGUGGAUAUUCCACUCCCGCCUACGUCUCUGGCGUCCCGUGGCGCCAGCCCCGAAGACAGGGACUUAGUAGACUCUCUCACCAAACUCAGUGUCAAAUUCCCCCCCUCUGCGGACAGUGAAUAUGACUUCCUGAACAGUGCAACAGAGAGACACAUUGGUCUGACCAUGCCCACGAAGCGGCCUCUCGAUAGUGUCCCCUCCACAUUGACAGAAGAGGAGCCCGUGGAACUGCCUAUGCCCUUUGUCUACCCUCCAUCCCCCUCCCACUCAACAUCAUCGUCGCUCUCCCAGGAGAGCGUUCGGGGACCCCAGCAGCCUCUCUGGAGCCCUGAGCUGUGUGAGGCGGUUGAUGUGGGGACAGAGCUGGCGACGCCUCAGAGCAGCAGUCCUGAUAAAUGUGCUUUCUGCCUUGCUGUGGUUCCUCAGGACCGAAUGAACAGCCACCUCUACUCUCAUUGCACGCCUAACAAUGAAGCCGACGAUUGACAGUGGAAGCGGAGACUGACGGGCCCAAAGACUUACUGUAUUCAUGGUCCAUGAAGAACAUGCGCUGUACUGGAUUUGAAAUGACACUGCAAUAAGACUUGAAUCCAUUUAUUUAAUAUUGAAGAAUUGAAUGGUACACUUUCUUGCCCAUUAUAUUUUUCUAAUAUCACGCUGAGAUUUUACUCUAGUACUAAGUGACGAUAAUGCAUAAUAUGGUAUAUAUAUAUAUAUAUAUAUAUAUAUGAGCAAAUAAAGCCGACAUUUACUCUUUACAUUA